AUGACGGGCGGAUGCAAGCAAUGCGGCAAAAAACAUAACACCUUAUUGCACAAUGAAGAAGGUUUAGUCAAGAGUGAGAUGCAUAAGGAAAGGGCAACUUUGCCCAUUAAAUCAAAUUUGAAUGUUGCAAUCGGAGACGUAGACAAGACAAAUUUACAGACGACUCAUUCAGUGAAUUCCGCUUCGUCCAAAGGCGGGCAGGUAUUGCUUGCAACCGCUCCAGUUAUAAUGUAUGAUAAGUCAAACAAGCCUCAUCGGUGCAGAGCUUUUUUAGAUGCAGGAUCUCAAUUAAAUUUGAUUACGAAGAGUUUAUCUCAAAGGCUUCAAUUAGCAGAGAGACAAGAUAAUAAUAUAGUGUUAUCAGGGAUAGGAUGCAAGCACACGAACACUUUGGGAUCAGUACAGGCUAACAUAUAUUUAACUGUUAAUGAGUUUAAGACUAAACUGUCAUUUGCAGUAAUGGACCGUAUAACCGAGCCUAUGCCAUCGAUACAAUUGAAUAAAGAAUCGUUAGGAAUACCUAGCAACAUUAAAAUAGCAGAUGAGGUAUUUGAGUUACCAGGAGAUGUCGAUAUUUUGUUAGGAAGUGGCGUGUUUUGGGAUUUACUUUGUAUCGGACAAAUUAAGUUAGGACGAAACCUACCCGUGUUACAAAAGACAAAGUUGGGGUGGAUCAUUGGAGGUAACGCACCUAUCAUUUAUCAACAAGAAGUACCAAGGAGAACCGUUCUCAGCGUAAUGGGCAAAGAACCAGGGCUAGAACAGCAGUUGGAACGUUUUUGGAAAUUGGAGGAGUGUUCCUUGGAAACGUCACAGUGGACACAGGAACAAACGCAAUGCGAAAGAGAGUUUAGAAGCACUUAUCAACGAGACCCUUUUGGAAGGUUUAUCGUCCACUUUUCAUUCAAGGAGGAUCCUAGUCAACUGGGAGACUCACGUGAAACGGUACUUAAACGACUACGAUCAGUGAAUAAACGUCUCUAUUCAAACUUGGAAUUGAAAACACAAUACAUCGCCUGCAUUGAAGAAUAUUUGUCAUUAGGACAUAUGACAAAGGUAGACAAAGAGAUCAACCAACGAAGCCCGUAUUGUUAUUAUUUGCCAUACCAUGCGGUGGUAAAGGAAGACAGAUCGACCACGAAACUGAGAGUUGUUUUUGACGCUUCGGCCAAGACGACAUCGGGUAAAUCGUUGAACGACAUUUUAUUAGUAGGUCCGACAAUUCAGCAAGAACUGUUUUCCAUUCUUGUUCGUUUUCGACAACAUCCCUACGUGUUAACAGGGGAUAUAGAAAAAAUGUAUAGGCAAAUUUAUGUACAUGAGAAAUACCGAGGAUUGCAGAGAAUUUUAUGGCAGACAGAGCCAACAGCACCAGUCGAAGAGUUCAUAUUAAACAUUGUCGCGUUUGGACUAACCUUAUCACCUUUCGUGGCAGUACGGUGUUUACAUCAAUUAGCAUAUGAUCAUCAAGAGUUGUGGCCAAAGAUCAGCCAAAUUAUUCUCAGAGAGUUUUAUGUGGAUGACAUGAUCACCGGAGCUGAUAGUGAAGAUGAGCUAAAAAACAUACAAUCAAGAAUCCGCGACAUCCUUACUACUGGAGGAUUCCGGAUACGGAAAUGA